GCCGCCAGCUGUCCUCGGCGCGGCGGGAGGCGGCGGCCGUCGGGGACCCGGCACGGCGGGCUGAGGCGCUGCGCCCGCUGCAGGGAGGCGGCGGCGUCCGGCGAUGGGGACCGAGCGGAGCCACCGCGCCGGGCCGUGACCGCCGCGCCGCCGCCUCGGGCGCUCUCGGAGCGCCGACGCUGAGGAACAUGGCCCUGGAGCAGCUCUGCGCGGUCCUCAAAGUGUUGCUAGUAACAGUACUUGUAGUGGAAGGGAUUGCUGUGGCCCAAAAGACCCAAGAUGGACAAAAUAUUGGGAUCAAGCACAUUCCUGCAACCCAGUGUGGCAUUUGGGUUCGAACCAGCAAUGGAGGUCAUUUUGCUUCACCAAAUUAUCCUGACUCAUAUCCGCCAAACAAGGAGUGUAUCUAUAUUUUGGAAGCUGCUCCUCGUCAACGAAUAGAGCUGACCUUUGACGAACGCUAUUAUAUAGAGCCAUCAUUUGAAUGUCGGUUUGAUCACUUGGAAGUUCGAGAUGGACCGUUUGGCUUCUCUCCUCUUAUAGACCGUUACUGUGGCAUGAAAAGCCCUGCAUUAAUUAGAUCAACAGGAAGAUUCAUGUGGAUUAAAUUUAGUUCUGAUGAAGAACUUGAAGGACUAGGAUUUCGAGCAAAAUACUCAUUCAUCCCAGAUCCAGACUUUACUUACCUUGGAGGUAUUUUAAAUCCCAUCCCAGAUUGCCAGUUUGAGCUCUCAGGAGCUGAUGGAAUAAUACGUUCUAGCCAGGUAGAACAAGAAGAAAAAACAAAGCCUGGCCAAGCAGUUGAUUGCAUAUGGACAAUUAAAGCUACCCCAAAAGCCAAGAUUUAUUUGAGGUUCUUAGAUUACCAAAUGGAACACUCAAAUGAAUGCAAGAGAAAUUUUGUGGCGGUCUAUGAUGGAAGCAGUGCCAUUGAAAAUCUGAAGGCCAAGUUUUGCAGCACUGUGGCUAAUGAUGUAAUGCUGAAAACAGGAGUGGGGGUGAUACGGAUGUGGGCAGAUGAAGGCAGUCGGCUCAGCAGGUUUAGGAUGCUCUUCACUUCCUUUGUGGAACCUCCCUGUCCAAGCAGCACUUUCUUUUGCCAUAGCAACAUGUGCAUCAACAAUUCUUUGGUCUGUAAUGGUGUUCAAAACUGUGCAUACCCUUGGGAUGAGAAUCACUGUAAAGAGAAGAAGAAAGCUGGACUAUUUGAACAGAUCACUAAAACUCAUGGGACAAUUAUUGGCAUUACAUCAGGGAUUGUCUUGGUUCUUCUCAUUAUUUCUAUUUUAGUACAAGUGAAACAGCCCCGGAAAAAGGUUAUGGCUUGCAAAACUGCAUUUAAUAAAACUGGGUUCCAAGAAGUAUUUGAUCCUCCUCAUUAUGAACUAUUUUCACUAAGAGAGAAAGAGAUUUCCGCAGACCUGGCAGAUUUGUCAGAAGAACUUGACAACUACCAGAAGAUGCGGCGCUCCUCCACGGCCUCCCGGUGCAUUCAUGACCACCACUGUGGAUCUCAAGCAUCCAGUGUCAAACAAAGCAGGACCAACCUCAGUUCCAUGGAACUUCCCUUCCGAAAUGAUUUUGCACAACCACAGCCAAUGAAAACAUUUAAUAGCACCUUCAAAAAAAGCAGCUACACUUUCAAACAAGCGCAUGAGUGCCCUGAACAGGCUCUAGAGGACAGAGUGAUGGAAGAGAUCCCCUGUGAGAUUUAUGUCAGAGGGCGAGAUGAUUCUGCCCAAGCAUCCAUAUCCAUCGACUUCUAAUUGUCAACUAAAAGCAUUAAUUAUUAAGUAUGUGUAUGCAGCCUACACCAACACCCAUUCUGUCUCAGCAGCCAAUCUUGUUCUGUCAAAUUAGAAAGACCUUCAUAAUUUAUCAUAAUGCUGAUGAUUUUAUUAUCUCAGGCAAUCUAUAUAUGUGAAACCAACCAAGGAACUUAAUGUAUUCAGUAGAAAAAGUCAUCAUCUGUUGCUUGGCAUCUUAUCUACAAAAUACCAACAGUUCAAUAGCAGUUGAGGAGUGAGUGGUCAUGUUGAGCCAGGCUCAGCAGCCUGGAAGUGUUGAUAUCAGGAUACUGUUCUUAUUCACACAGCCCCAUCAGUUUGAUCCCACAGUAAAUUUAAAAGUAAGAUUUUUUCAUAUUCCUUUUGUCUUUCUUUUCUCUAAUAUGUUUUAUUUGCCUAUAGUUUUACCAUUUUGAUUUCCUUCGUUAAGGGGAUAAUGUGUCGCUUAAUUCAGCAUGGGCAUAUAUUUGCUCUUACAUGUAGAAUAUGGCUAGUGCUAUGAUGAAUGGCAGUUUAAGACAUAGUCAUAUUUCAUUUCUCCCUGAAUCAUUCCUAUACUAUUGUCUUUAAUAACUGCAUCUUUAGUCCUGUUUUUCUGUGGGAAGUAAUAGAUGACAUGAUUUAUCACCUUUAAAUCAUGCUUUGUCUUAGUUACACUAGAAAAGUAAUAAUCUUGGGGUGUAUUAUUACCAGUUAGUCAGGAGUGAAAAUUUGAGAAAGAUUAAAAACGUGUAGCGACCUCUGCAGUUGUUGGGUCUCAUUCAGUGACAGACAUUCAUCCCAGUAAUCAGGAUCCUAGAACUCUCUUGUGGGCAGGCCUUUAAUUAUGGCUCCAUGCAGAGCUUCUUGUCAGAUCUAUGUUCCCUAUCAUCUUUCAAAAAGAUUUAUUUGUUCUCUUGGUAUUGGUUUGUCUUUGACACAUGGUAACCAUGGUUAGUGGAAACUUAAAGAAAUUCUCUAAGAAACUGUGUGAGCCUUUACAUAGCUUCUGCUUGGAACACUGCAUUUUUCUAGCCAUUAUCAUCAAGAAUAGCAGCUUCAACUUUUUUUAAAAGCACUUUUGACCUUAUGUUUUGUAAAGUAUAUAAAACAAUAAUUUAUAAACAUGAUAUCAAAACUCAUCGUGUUUUUUUAGACUUUUGAUAUUAUUUGAUACUGUACAAACUUUGUUAAACCAAGAUUUAAGACAUACAAGACAGAUUUCUUUGAGUGUUCACAUUAGAGACUUUGUGUAGAAAUAUGCUGUGAUGGGACUGUACUAUAGACUGUUAUAAAGACCUUGGUCAUGUACAUAAGCUUUUUCUUUCUUUUGCUGCUGUAUUUAGUUGGUGAUAAGUUUUUCACUGUGUGGUAUUUAUUGUUCCAAAUCACAACAGAAAUCUUAUAUUAAAGUAUACAUUGUUACAUAAUCCUUCAAUUAUAUUAUUUAUAGCAGAAAUACUUCGGAUAAGAUGGAAUGGGGAAGAAUCCAUAUAUUUAAUGAUAAAUAAUAUGAGUAAUUUCAUUUUAAAGAGGUAAAUUCUCAUUUUCUGUAUCGAACUAAAUUUUCAAUGAAAUGAAAAGUUCAGGUUUCACUAGAUUUCAUUAAUUCUUUUAAGUACUACAUAAAUCUGAUCUCUGAGAUUGCUGAAAACUGACCUUCAGUGUGAUGUACUUUCUGCCCAAAGUGUUCUCUGUGUGACACUUUUAUUUAUUUAUUUUUUAUUUAUUUAUUUUUUUUUUUUUUUGGUUUUUCGAGACAGGGUUUCUCUGUGUAGCUUUGCGCCUUUCCUGGAACUCGCUUUGGUCUGGAAAUGAUAUCAAGAAGAUAGGAAAACCUGCACUUAGCAUAAUCAUUAUUUAACUUUUUAAGUCAGUAAACAUUCCUGCUUCUUAAAAAUAGAACUUGGAAAAGUAAAAGGAAUUUCAAAAUGUAGUAAUCACUGAACUAACUAUCCAGAGAAAGAUUAGAAACUGUGUUCUUUCGUUAACUAUUUAUUAAGUAGGCAUUUUAUUAGGUGACUUAGGUGAGUAAAUGUCCCAACAUCAUAGUAAAUACUUAAAUUGACAGCUGUGAUCUCAUGAAGUUCUUUCUCAUGAAAGAAAAAUUAACAUAUUUCCUGUGUAAAAUUAUAUCCAUUGUAAAAAUAGUUGUCAUACUCGUCCAUAAUUUUUAGAUUAUAGAGCUUAUAGUAUGAUUUUGUACAUCAUUAUCACUUGUAGCUAUAUUUUUAUUUUUAACACUGUAUCCUAUUUGAAAGGAAUUUGAAAAGACUUAUAAAACAUAGGUGUUUGUAGAAAACACUAGACUUUACAACAGUGUAGAUUUGCAUGAUCUCAUGCAACUCAGGAAGAGAAGCUUGGAUGGUCAUUUGAUUCUAAAUUCUCUGACAACUAACCUGAGAGUUGUUCCUUUUUACAAUAGAAAACACUUAUAUUCAGAGGCUAAAGUGAAAGCCAUAAAUUUAAUAAUGACAGACAUGAAAUUUAGCUAUCUUAUGUGAGUUAUUACACCCUACAGAGUACCCAGUGCUAAACAAGCCCUCUGACAAACAAUGUAAAGCAGGAAGGUGGUAAAACCCUGCAGUGCCAGAGAACGCUACAGACUAGCUGUAUGAUGUCAGCAUUGCUAUCUUCCAUCCCAAGCUUAGCAUAGCUGUCAGCCCCAGUGGCCACAGAUACAACCUACUCAUCCACUAUCUCAAAGACACAGGAAGAAACUGUGCUAUUCCUUUUGCAGAGGAGGGAUAUUCAAUAUAAAUAUUUCACAAAAACCAAAGGAUAUUCGCAUUUCACAUCCAGAGCUCUAACUGGUUCCUUUAGCUUUGAUUUAAUAGAGCCUUUGUCACUCUCCCAGUUGUGUUUUGUGUAAUCACUAAGCAUUGAGGAGCCGCAGUCUGCACCAAAUGCUUCUGCGGUUCUGUUACUACCUAAUGAGGGUGCUUACUUGUUUCCAGAGCAUGCCAGCUGCUGAGAGAAGAUGAGAAAAGCCUGGUUGUCAUUCCAGGAAUAAUUACAGUCAGAGAUUACACUUCGUUGCAAAAUGAUGUCUGCUGUAUGUCCGUUUCUUUAUUGCAAAUACUAAAAGAAAUAUUCCUGAUUCACAUUGAUUAUGGACAGAAGGAACUUUAGGUUUUGCUCUUUUUAAAGAUCCAAGAGAGAUGAUCUAGUCUAGUUUUGUUAAUGAGAAGACUAAACUCUAAAGAUGAAGUGGCACCCCAUGCCUCCGAACUCCUAGCCCAGUGUUCAUCCUUGGCUUCUUGUUCCCUCCCUGCUUAGAUUUUAAAAAUCACACAGUCUUAAACAUCAGCCUAGAUGUUCCAUGCAAAGCUUGUUAGUUGUUCUUACCUAAAAUGUAAUGCUAUAAUUUUGUUUACAUUAUGGUUUCCACCCCUCCUUUUUUAAUUUAUAUAACACUACUAUCCUACCGUGUUUUUUUUUUUUUUUGUUACCAGGCUUUGUUGGCACCUGCAAAAUAUGUAAUUACUGUGAAUUCUUAAUAAAUAGUGCUGAUUAGCAGCACACAGGGUGAUGCCAGAGAGAAAGCAUCUUUGCUUUCACUUUUAUAAUGUUUUUUAAGUUAAAAGAAACGAUGUACAUUACAGAAAUUAUAAAUAUUGGGGUACCGUAUCUUGAGUUUUGAGAAUUAUUUGAGUCUGAACCACAAUAAGAAAACAAGCUGACCUGGGAUAUCUUUUUAGCUUCCUGCACCAUCAAUUACCUGUUUUAUAUACCUCUACUAGUUAUAUGCUCUUCUUUACUAAGCUUUUUAAUAUACUUUUGAUUAUAUUUCUGAGAUUGGUUUACUGGCUUAAAAAGCCCAGCAAGCUAAUGAUGAGGGUGCACGUAUAGUGAGUACUACCUAAACUUGUUUUUUUAAGCAGUAGAUUUUUAUUAGAGAUCAACUUCCAAAUCAUGUAAGAAUUCUCAUGUGCUUAAUCCAGAUUUGGCACUUUAAAGUAUUUAACCCUUGAACUGCAAAUAAAAACUACUGUUUUGAUUUUC